AUGACAAAUGAUUGAAAUUGAAAGUAAAUGAAAUUGUGUAUCGAACUGCUGCAUUCAUAUGCAUAAUUAUAAUUGAUUUUUAUGGCUCGUGGUGUGGUUGUUUUAAUAUUAAUAAAUAAAUACAAUUUUACAGAUAUUGAUUCAUAAUGUUAUUAAAUAAUUAUAUGGAAGAAAAUGCCUGUAAGGUUACAGUAGUUGCCUGUGUAUUUAUGACAUUGUGCUAUGUUGCAAGUUUGUAUGUAUGGAGGACUAAAUUGAGCAGAGAUCAUCCUUCAACUAUCAAAAGAAGAUUCUUCAGUGUAUUUUGUAUGAUGUUGCUGGCACCGUUCUUGACACGAUAUUUCCUUACUAAAGAGACACUAAGUAAGGGAGAUAUAUAUGAUCAUUUGGGGCUUAGAUUACCAGGAUUAGUCACUGCAUCUUUUGCUCCACUGUUGUUAACCAUUGUUUUAUUCAUGGGUCCAUUGUGUAUGCAGUAUUUAUCUGGAAUGUGGACAUUGUAUGCAGAACCUGUGUAUUGGUUGUCAAGCUGGCAAGAUCUGUUGUGGGUGCGUAAUCAUUUAAUGGCACCAUUGAGUGAAGAGUGGGUCUUUCGAGCAUGUAUGAUGCCAAUACUGUUGCAAUGUUUGGAACCAAUUACUGCUGUAUUUGUAGGACCACUGCUCUUCGGAAUUGCUCAUUUUCAUCACAUGCUUGAGCAAAUGAAGGCUGGAUAUGAAUUUAAAGCGGCACUUAUGGUAUCAUCAUUCCAGUUUGCAUAUACUAGUCUGUUUGGUGCAUAUUCUUCGUAUCUAUUUUUGAGAACAGGUCAUUUCGUCGCUCCGCUGACUGCUCAUAUAUUUUGUAACCAUAUGGGUUUUCCCAAUUUCGGAGCGGUUAUGAUGUUUCCGCCGUUGCAGCGAGUGUUGAUCGUUUGCUGCUUUCUUUUAGGAUUCGCCUUGUGGUGUGUCAUGCUUAUACCUAUUACUAGUCCUAACCUAUAUGAUAAUACGUUAUAUUGGGAAUCUUGAAUUAAUGUCAUUGUCCAAUUUUUUUAUUUAUUUUAACACCACUCAUUGUCAGAUGGAAUUAUGAUAAGUGUGACGUGACCGCGUCAUUCUGUCCUUGAAUAGUAAGUAUAAGUAAUACAUAAUAACGUAUGCCAAUUAUUUAAAUAAAGUAGAUAAUAUUUUGGAAUUACAUUGUGAUUAUAGGAAACCAACAAUAAAACAAUUUCUUUUUUUUAUGUAAUUGAAAUAGUAAACAAGCUAAUUAUUAUUAAUAACAAAAAGCCAUUUGGUGAAUUAAAUUUAGUCUAGGUUUUGUCUUUUCUCUAUGUAUAGUCGCCUCUUUUUAUUUGCACUAGGUAUAUAACCCAAAUGCACUAUGAAUAAAAUUCUACUCGUAUAAGAUAGGAUAACUUUUUUACUAAUUAAUUAUAAAUUGACUGAUCAGACUACAGUCUGUUUAAAAGCCAUUAUGUACUGGCGACUAGUCCUUGGUGAUAGAUAUUAUCUUAGUUAUUUUAUACCUAGAUAUAUACGCCAAUAAUUCUACCGGUUGUAUGGAUCGGUUCUACCUACCCUACGACAUUGCGUAUUAGACCUUAAGAGGUAUGUAGGCAGUGAAAUCCAAUUUACAUCCAAAAUACGUAAUAUAUUUUGCACAACAAUGUAAGUUAGUAAAGUUUUUAUACAAUUUUUGUUGCUGAUGAUUAUGUAGAAGCUUUUGACUGCAACUAGGAAUUCAGUCAUUGCUUAUCUGUGAGUGAUAUUUAUUAGUAUGAAAGUUAAUGUACGAACAUCUAUCGAUAAGACGCAGUUCGUUAUCUAAUAAUUUAUCGUAAUGUAUUUCUUUUAUACCUGUCUAAGUGGCGGAGUUAAUGCCUCUUCUGUUUGCCAUGACUAUCUUGCUAUACUGUUUGUCUAUAGCUCUCUUUAUGAAAGCUAACUUGUUUCA